GUCUCGAGCGUGGGCUAGAUUCAAGUCCGUUUGGCUAAAAUAUCCGGCCUAAUGUGGCGCUUGUUUUUCGUUGGGGGCGGACGACAUCAUUACCCAUCCCAAUUGGAAAUGUCGCCUCUCUCUCGGCAUCGGAUUCUUCGACGGUUCCUGCGCGGUUUUCUCUGCUUUGGAACAUACCUACACUCCAGCUGCGUCAAGCGUGGCCGUCCAGCGUUUUGUCCUGCAGGGUGCUCACAGUGCUAGUGCUUGAUGGCCACAGUCAAAUCAUCGCCGUGAGAAGCUUCCCUCCAAGACCAGUGGCUGAGAAAGACAGAGGAGGUGGCACAGAUUCAGCACAGCAGACAGCAGGCUACCUCGGAUUUCCUGAUCUUUCCCAAGAUGGGAUCAUGAUCCCCGGUAUCCCCAGUCUCAGACAUGCAGGCUUGCCAGAGGGGCAGGUAGGGACUAGGGAGAGCUUUCUGCUUUGCCAAUGCCGACCAUGCAGCCUGUCACGCCUGUCCGUAUGCCCACCGGCCAGCUGUGCCAACUCCGUCAGCUCAGCCAUAGCCUGGCCACGUUCUCAUAGUUGUUCCAGCUGGCCACCAUCGAUUGGACCUAGUUGCUAGAGUCUACUGCGUAGAGUAAGAAAGAGUACCGAGAAGGCAGUUGGGAAACUGCAUUGUUACCGCGGGGAUGACGUGAGGAGGCGGGUCGUUGUCGUUCACCCUUUGGUCCUACAGAGCCACAACCCACAGAGACAGACACAAACCACGAAUAGAGCACACCUCCUCCACGACUGGGAGUCUGGCACUCACGCAUUCUGGGAUGUCUGGGAUAUCCGAACAUGGGUCUCCCCUCCCCAGCUUCGACCUUGGCCGGGGUACGUAGCAUCAAGUCUCGGAGUGCCACCCGCGGUCCGCUAGACUAGCAACAGCUUAACCAAGUAUUCCCCUAGCCUCCUUGGACUGACCUCCACCCCCUGGUUCCGCCUCUUGGCCCUCUCGCCCAAACGAAAGGAGGCGAAAACGGGGAAAGGAAUCCCAUCAUCGCACCGCCCGCGCCGCGAGUACGGUGUACGGAGUACCUCCCCUUGCCUACCACAACACACCAACGCGCCAAGUAUUCUUGGUGCUAGGCUUGCGUGCCCGGCGUUUGGUGGAGGAUUCUUGUGGUGGUGCCUGGCCUCUCUCGGCGUGAGGGGGGUGUGAGAUGAAUGUGAAUGACGAACGGUUCAUUGGGGGUGUGAGGUAAGGAGAGGAAGAGAGGUGAGUGAGAGAACGAACUGGGCACAGGCGGCUCGGCUUGGCUCUCUCGUCCCAGUACUCCCCUCUAGAUGGUCUCAUCAGAAGAUAUAUAAGACCUCUGUCUGCCAGCCCGUCCUCCAGUUGUCUCCCUUCCCUCCACUCUAUCCAAUCAACCCAAUCUCAUACAAAUCCCCAGUCCUCGACUACCCAAUAUCUAAUUCAAUAACUACAUCUCUAAACAUCAAACCCAACAACCUUAAAUCAGCCAAAAUGCGUUUCUCCGCCGCCACCGUCUUCGCUCUGGUCUCCCUGGUUGCCGCCCAGGAUGCCUCCUCCACCACCCCCGCUGUUCCCGGCGCUUCUCAGGUCAGCUCCCUCAUCGGCUCCGCCUCCAGCGCCAUUGCCUCCGAGGCUUCCUCCAUCCUGAGCGGUGCCUCGUCCGCCGCCGGCGCCGCCUCUUCGGCCAUCGCCUCCAUCACUUCCUCUGCCGGUGCUGAGGUCAGCUCCCUGAGCCAGCAACUUACCUCCGCCACCGAUGCCGCCGGCUCUGCCUCCAUCUCUUCCAAGAUCGCUUCCGUCUCCAGCAAGGCCAACUCCGCCGCCUCCAGCGUCGCCUCUGCCCAGAGCACCUCUGCUCCCGGUGCCGCCCCCGCCCAGACUGCUGCCGUUGCUCUUGGUGCUCUCUUCGGUGGUGCUGCUCUCGUUGCCAACCUGUAAAUCGGGGAUCUAAAACUAUGAUUAUGGGAAUUAAGGAACGAAACGGCUUAGCGGAAACGAUUGAAAUUUCCGGUGCGUGGUAAAGGGUACUACACAGCAUUGUUUGGGCUUUUUUGGGAUUAUCAGAG